AUGUGCAUUACAGAAGUUUUUCGACCGUUUGAGAUUGAAGAUGAAAAAAGAACAAGCGAAAGUGAAGAUUCUGGGGUCAAUUCUUCUUCAGAAGACAAGUCGAUCCCUUCACCGACCUUUUUCAUCCCCAGCUCUUCUUCAAGCAACACAGACGAAGAAAUCGAAGAAGAAAUCGUCAGUUCCGCGCCGAUCCGAAAUUCUAGCGUCUGGCGGCCGCCCGUCGAGGAGUUCAACUCUUCUCCAUCCAUUCUUGAAAAUAGUGAAAACGAAGCAAAACUCCGCGUGGCCUACAAUUCCCACUUCCACAAUAAUCAUCGCGCUUCUUCCUUAUUUUCCGAUAUUCUUUCCCAGCGGCUUUUUCACCAGAAUCAGAUCAUUCAUCAGAACUUCCUGGCCAGAGCAAAUAUGGGCUACUCUUCGCACCCUCAUUUUUCCAUGAUUUCUUCAGCGGCAUCAAGCAGAAGUAUCAAAAAAGAAAAGGUUUACGACUGCCACAUUUGCCACAAGCAAUUCAAGCGCUCCUCCACCCUGUCAACACAUUUGCUGAUCCACAGCGACACUCGACCUUAUCCGUGUCCGUUUUGCGGCAAACGCUUCCACCAAAAAUCCGACAUGAAGAAACACACUUAUGUUCACACAGGGGAAAAACCGCAUUCUUGCAGAAUCUGUGGAAAGAACUUCAGCCAGUCGAGCAAUUUAAUAACGCAUAUGAGGAAACAUCAAGGUGUGAAGCCAUUUGCAUGCGGAUCAUGUGGCGAAACUUUUCAGCGAAAAAUCGACCUGCGAAAACACGAAGAUGCCGUUCACAUGAAAGAAUCCUAA